UUGACCACUUCUAAAGAAAACAAGGAAGCGCCUGUACAGCAGCAGAAUGACUGUCAACUGCGAAAAGUAACUGUCCGCUAAUUGUCUUCUCAGUGGGGUAUAAGCUAACUUGCUCCACUGCAGAGAUGGAGGCUGGAGGAGGAGAUGAGAACCUGGAUAUGGAGGGGGCAGCGGCAGCACAACCAAGCUUUUCUGGACAUCGACAGACUGCAAAGCCAGUUCAGACUGUGCUGGAGGAAGCAGCCCAAAUGAAAACAGAAGGGAACGCUUUCUACAGAGAGAAGAACAUUCGCUCAGCCAUCGGGCGUUAUCACCGAGCUCUGAUGGUCCUCCGAGGCCUGGACCCUGAGGUGAUGGCGUCAGUGAAAGGGUUUGGACCUGAGAUACCUGCUCUCACACCCCAACAGGAGGCUUUCCUGAGAAACACACAAGUGGACUGCUACAACAACUUAGCUGCCUGUUUGCUGCAGAGACAGAGUGUUGACUAUGCCCGUGUGCGGGACUACAGCCUGCGGGCGCUGCAGUGGAGACCAGGUGAUGUCAAAGCACUGUACCGGGCAGGAGUAGCCACUCUGGAGGUGGGAGAUGCAGAGACUGCCAAACAGUAUCUCACUCAGGCCUGCAGAGAGCAGCCUAAUGAUGCCAAUGUGAGGAGACACCUGCAGAGGGCUGAGGAGAAACUAAAUCAGGAGUUACAGAAAGAGAGGGCUAUGUACCGAGGCAUGUUUUCCCUCAGCCUGAAGAACCGCUCCGGAGAGGGGAUUAACCGAACCAACAGAAGCGGUGAAGGAGUUUGAGCCUGCCAGCUCAAGCCGCCAAAUGAAUCCUUGAAUUAAGAGAGAGACUCUGUUCAACUGCAGCUGAUCACAAACCAAUUGAAGAAUGUUUGCACACCUUUGUUCAUGUUACUGUGUCUCCUUCAGGUGUUAUGAGGUGAGCAUAGGAAAGGAAGAAUUGUACAAUAUAUAGAGUACUGGGAAGCGGUCAGGAGGGAACUAAAGAUGUCGCUGCUGAAAAUAGAAAGGAGAGGACGGGAAAGUUAGUUUCCUAGCAACACGGAAGCAAAGCUGUGUUAUCCUUUGGAUAUUUCACAAAUAUGCCUCUGAAAACUGAAGUGAGAUUCAUCAUGCACUACUUAAAGUUCUGAUUAUGCCUUCAUGAAUUUCUGGUCCGUGCUGUGAAUGGUGAUUUUUGUGAGUUUUCAAUUAAAAUAUUUUC